CUGGGCACUUAUUUUUUUUUUCCUGGAGACCGGAACGUGCUGGAAAAAAGUAGUCCAUUCUCGGCGUUUCUGCGGAAGGAUCUCCUCGGGGCGGUUUACCGAAGAAGGCUAUAUAAGGAAGCGCCGGGUGUGGCGCAGCGAGUUCCGCCGAGGCCGGGAGUUGAGUUGCUGUUUCUCAGUGUCAGCUGCUGACAUCGCUACUUGACAAUGCAGAUCUUUGUGAAGACCCUGACCGGCAAGACCAUCACCCUCGAGGUUGAGCCCAGCGACACCAUUGAGAAUGUCAAGGCAAAGAUCCAAGACAAAGAAGGCAUCCCCCCUGACCAGCAGAGGCUGAUCUUUGCCGGGAAGCAGCUGGAAGAUGGGCGCACCCUGUCUGACUACAACAUCCAGAAAGAGUCCACCCUGCACCUGGUGCUUCGUCUCAGAGGUGGAAUGCAGAUCUUUGUGAAGACGCUGACCGGUAAGACCAUCACCCUUGAGGUUGAGCCCAGUGAUACCAUUGAGAAUGUCAAGGCAAAGAUCCAAGACAAGGAAGGUAUCCCUCCUGACCAGCAGAGGCUGAUCUUUGCCGGGAAGCAGCUGGAAGAUGGGCGUACCCUGUCUGACUACAACAUCCAGAAGGAGUCCACCCUGCACCUGGUGCUUCGUCUCAGAGGUGGGAUGCAGAUCUUUGUGAAGACCCUGACUGGCAAGACCAUCACUCUCGAGGUUGAGCCCAGUGACACCAUUGAGAAUGUCAAGGCAAAGAUCCAAGAUAAAGAAGGCAUCCCUCCUGACCAGCAGAGGCUGAUCUUUGCCGGGAAGCAGCUGGAAGAUGGGCGCACCCUGUCUGACUACAACAUCCAGAAAGAGUCCACCCUGCACCUGGUGCUUCGUCUCAGAGGUGGGAUGCAGAUCUUCGUGAAGACGCUGACCGGCAAGACCAUCACCCUUGAGGUCGAGCCCAGUGACACCAUUGAGAAUGUCAAGGCAAAGAUCCAAGAUAAAGAAGGUAUCCCUCCUGACCAGCAGAGGCUGAUCUUUGCUGGGAAGCAACUGGAAGAUGGGCGCACCCUGUCUGACUACAACAUCCAGAAAGAGUCCACCCUGCACCUGGUGCUUCGUCUCAGAGGUGGAAUGCAGAUCUUCGUGAAGACCCUGACCGGCAAGACCAUCACCCUCGAGGUCGAGCCCAGUGAUACCAUUGAGAAUGUCAAGGCAAAGAUCCAAGACAAGGAAGGUAUCCCUCCUGACCAGCAGAGGCUGAUCUUUGCCGGGAAGCAGCUGGAAGAUGGGCGCACCCUGUCUGACUACAACAUCCAGAAAGAGUCCACCCUGCACCUGGUGCUUCGUCUCAGAGGUGGGAUGCAGAUCUUCGUGAAGACCCUGACCGGCAAGACCAUCACCCUCGAGGUUGAGCCCAGUGAUACCAUUGAGAAUGUCAAGGCAAAGAUCCAAGACAAGGAAGGUAUCCCUCCUGACCAGCAGAGGCUGAUCUUUGCUGGGAAGCAGCUGGAAGAUGGGCGCACCCUGUCUGACUAUAACAUCCAGAAAGAAUCCACCCUGCACCUGGUGCUUCGUCUCAGAGGUGGGAUGCAGAUCUUCGUGAAGACGCUGACCGGUAAGACCAUCACCCUUGAGGUCGAGCCCAGUGAUACCAUUGAGAAUGUCAAGGCAAAGAUCCAAGACAAGGAAGGUAUCCCUCCUGACCAGCAGAGGCUGAUCUUUGCCGGGAAGCAGCUGGAAGAUGGGCGUACCCUGUCUGACUACAACAUCCAGAAAGAGUCCACCCUGCACUUGGUCCUGCGCUUGAGGGGAGGUGUCUAAGUUUCCCAUUCUAAGCUUUCAACAAAUUUCAUUGCACUUUUCUUUCAAUAAAGUUGUUGCAUUCCCAAA